UUAUGGUCGUAGUGAAGGAACCCCAUCAGAAAGGGGUCUCAAAAUUGACGCACAAACGGCGUUGAAUUACAUUUGUAAUCACCAAACACUUAAACACACAAAAAUUAUUCUAUAUGGCCAAUCACUUGGUGGUGCUGUGGCAAUCGAUCUAGUUUCAAAGAACGAAAGAAAGGUAGCUGGUCUAAUGGUCGAAAACACUUUCCUGAGCAUCCCAAAAUUAAUACCGCAUGUAGUUCCUCAACUCCGCUACUUUGCGUUUUUAUGUACACAAAAAUGGGAAUCAGAAAAAGCCAUAAAACAUAUAAAAAAUAUUCCGAUUUUAUUUCUUUCUGGGACUGACGAUGAACUUAUUCCGAAAGAGCAUGUAAGGAAACUAUAUGAUUUAGUAGAAGGAAGUAGAAAAGUGCUUCGGGAGUUUCCGAAUGGUAAACAUGGUGAUACCGUCGCUCAGCCGGGUUAUUUUGAAGCUAUUCGGGAUUUUUUGAUUAAAGAGAGAUUUGCUUGA